AUGUCAUUCUUCUCUGCUACCCGUCAAGUCACUGGAGUCCUCUCCAAGCCUCAAUUCCUCUCUAUCGCACGAUCGUCGGGUCCCCACCGCCUCUACUCAACCCCGAGACCGCCCAACAACGCCCCUCACACUCAGCGUUCCCAAUUCAAGAUCCUCCCCAUCAUCGCCAUCCUCGCUCUCGGUUCCGGCUCCUACGUUCUGCUUGUUAAGUCUCGCACCGGCCAGAACACUCGUCCUAAUUAA